ACUUUGCUCACAAAUCCACCUCGUCCACAGUCAGUCGACGGCCAGCCACGGAUCAGAUCGCUGAUCUCCAAGUUCGGGAAAAUAUUAAAACUCACUUUUAUAUAUCUUGCCUAAUCUCACGAGGAACGUGAUUUGGUAAAGUUGGAGAAAUCCUCGCGGUAGAUUUUUUUUUGUGCAAAAACAGCGAAAUUGAGUGUUGAAAAGUAAAAAUGAAUUGCUUAACAGCCCUAGUAGUGAUUGCUUUUAGUGUUUUAGGCGCUUACGGAGCCCCAACAUCCUGCCCAGAACCCUUCGGUGUGCAGGCCUAUGCCCAUCCCGAAAUCUGCGAUCAAUUCUUCCUCUGCACAAAUGGCACACUGACCCUUGAAACUUGCGAAAAUGGUCUUGCAUUCGAUGGCAAAGGACACGUUUACAAUCACUGCAACUACAACUGGGCCGUUGACUGUGGACAUCGCAAAUAUGAUCCUACACCACUGUCGUCUCCUGGAUGCGAGUACCGAUUUGGCAUCUACCCAGAUACAGAUAAAUGCUCAACGACGUACCUGAAGUGUGAGCAUGGAGAGCCCUACGUGAGCCCAUGUGAUGAUGGUUUGGUGUACGAUGAUCGCAUUCACGGAUGCAAUUGGCCCGAUCAGCUUCUUGAGAAGUGCGAUCCUACCGCUGUUGUGGGAUUCGUGUGUCCCGAUCAUGUGCCAUCCCACAGUCCAGCUGCUCGUUUCUGGCCAUUCCCACGAUUCCCCGUGCCCGGAGACUGCCACCGGCUCUACACAUGCGUCGAGGGUCACCCACGUUUGAUCACAUGCGGCGAAGGAAAGAUCUUCGACAAGAACUCACUCACAUGCGAGGAGGACAUUCCAUGUGUCGCCUAAAUCCUUUUCCCAUCUAUGGGGAAAAUUCUUGCCUGAAACACACAAAAAUAUUGCAGCAAUACUUCCACAAAGCUUCCGCAGAAAAACCAAAAUCAAAGAAGGAAAUUUGUUACCAUUUUCACUUUAUGAGAAAAAAAAGUGAUUACACCUUUUAUCUAAAACUUUCGUGCAAACGAUUUUUCUUACACUCUCCUCAAUGCUUUUCCGUUUAAUAAUUCACACACACACGUACCAAAUUGAGAAACAUGGGCUUUUUGGACGCCCACGCACACCAUGUGGGAGUUGUCUGAAAGUUUAAUCAACUAUUUUGCAAUAUUUUAAUUCAUUGCUCCCGUUUCACUUUUUUCCUCAUGCAAAAAAUUUUACUUCUCUUUUCCCAAUGCAUAUGUAAAAUACCUUUUCCUCUUCCACGAAUUUUCUUUCCACUCUAGCAUGCAUAUUAGGACAUGUGAAGAAGAAAAAAUAAUAAUAUGAUUUUUUUUUGAUAAGUUGAAUUAAUAAAACAAGAUGCAUUUAAUAACGAUCGCUAGAGCGUUGCAAAUAUUCUUGCGCUGAUUGCAAAUUCAAGAGCUUUGCAGAGGGAAGAAUUUCAAAAUCAACCGAUGAAUGAAAAAUUGAUUUGUUUGAAUGUUAAAACUCAAGAGAGCAAUAAGUUUUUUUUCCUCAUUAAAAUUAUUAUGUGAGCUACUACACAAAUAAAAUAAAAAUGUACUUUUAUUGCUAAUUAAAUAGUCCAUUUUAUCCAUUUUA